AUGGCUUCCACUGACCUCGAUAUGGACCUCAUCUUUGCUUCGGCACCACCGGAUUCGACUACAGUUUCCACUCAUCAUGAAGAAACCCAUAAAGUGUCUAAUCGCAGAGAAACUCAUGAAUCCAUUCAUAAAACUACUCAUACUCAUGGAGAUGAAAGAGUGGUUUCAACCGUCAGUGAUCACCUAUAUGUUGACCAUGGCCAUGAUGAUCAUCAUACUCACGUCCCAGAAGUGAAUCAUAACUAUAAAGCCUAUGACACCAUCGCUGAUGAUUUGAUGGAAUCGGUUUUUGCUGCUGUCAAACUUGAGCCUGUUAUUUUGACUAAGACAGCCAAUAAUGAUUACUACCAUGAUGAUGGUUUCUACUCUCAUGAAGCCAGAAGUGAACACAACCGACACAGUGCCGAUUUGCAUCCAGAGCAUUUUGUCAGCCAAGUGGAACAUGCUUUCGAAGGCAUCGGCGAUGAUGAAUCUGUCUACAGUAGACGAUCUUCGGCUCAUCACACCAAACAAUCCGAACGUCAUAGCCACCGUGGAAGUGGAUAUGAUAGCCAUUUCGGAGCUCACCGUCAAUCUGAAAGCCACCGUGGAAGUGAUUAUGAUAGCCAUUUUGGAGCUCACCGCCAACCUGAAAGCCAUCAUGGAAGCCAUGUUCAAAGUGUUCAUCACAAGACUCCAGUUGCCAGCAAUCGCGUCAGCAAGAACACCAGCGUUGUAAGCGGAAACAGCAGAGCUAGAACUCAGGCAAGCGAUUUCAAAGCAAGAUCAGAAAAACGAAACAGCGCUUAUUCAUACGGAGAGCCGCGAGGACGAAGCAUGACUUUUGACACUGUAACUACCGCUCAUGUGUCACGUGUGGGGGGAUUUGAUCUCGUUGAUGAUAAUGGCAGAGAAUUAGGCUCGCAAAUCAAUUUGAACCAUAACGAGGUAGCUUAUCAGCGCCCCAAGCCGGCUCGUACACACAAGCAUCAUGACCACCAUUCCCAUGCCAAUGGAAAAUCAAACGAAUAUCGUCAUCCUCUUGUUGCUGGUCACAAGAAUGUUGAUAUUCAACAUGAAAACUUGCACCUUGAGUUGGUGAACGCUGCUCUCAGACAAACGAAACUAAACCAAGCCGAAUAUGAAAGACUUAUCACUCUCAAAACGGAAGAAGUAAGAAAAGCUUGUGAUGAAGUCAAUGCUCUGGCCGAUCAAUGCAGAGAAGAGAUUGGAUCUUCACGUCACUCCAACUAUUCUCAUCGUCAACAGCAUAGAAAUGAUCAUCAUGAGUCUAGCCAUGCUCAUAAUCAUCAUCAUCAUCAUCAUCAUCACCAUGAUCAUCACUAUAGCAACAAUUCAUCUGUUGAGGAGCAAGCUAAAGAGAUUGAUAUAGCUGAAGAGGUUGAAAUUUCCGAAGUUGCUGGAAGACAGUUGGAGCACGGAACUGAAAUCGGUGUUAUUGAUAACCACCGAAUCAUUGCUCCAUGGGUAGAAGAGCAAGUAAACUAUUCAAAGAACAAGAAAAUCAAGAAAGUAAUUGUUGGUGGACAUGCUCACAAAACUGAUGAAGACAGAACAGUACUCUUGUUUGGACCUGUUGGACAAGGAAAGACCUCAACUGUUAACAGCAUUCUGAACUAUUUGUUCGAUGUUAAGAAGGAACACGACUUUAGAUUCACUUUGACACCUAAUCAAUCCAAAACAACUGAGUUGACUGUUUAUGUGAUCAACAACUCUAUCCUUCCUUACUCAGUCACUCUUAUUGAUACACCAGGAGUCCCUGAUCAAGAGAACAACACAUUUGUUUCUCAUCUAAUUGAGAAAUGGCUUCAACAAGAACUAUUGACUGCUGGUGCAGCUCGUAUUGAUGCCAUUUCAAUUGUUUUGAACACAAACAUAAAAAGUAUGGCCUGGCCUUUCAUUGGCGAGCUAGCUUACGUUAAACGUUUGUUUGGAAACGAUUUGAAGACUAACGUUCUCCCCAUCAUAACAAAUUCCGAAGUUUUACCCCAACCAACAGCCAUUAGAGCAUUGACAGCAGCUAAUGUGGGAUUCUUUGAGUAUUACAAGGUUAACAACUUGGGCUUCCUCCCAAGCAAUCAUUCAGUUAGUAAAUUGAAGCAUAACUUGUACUUCACUCAUGGUGUUGCCACAUUCGAAAGAUACUUCCGUGAUCUACAAGAAGCAAUUCAUCCUCUGUUGGCUGUUCUUCGUGGCAGAGAUCAUCAUCAUAACCCACAUGAUAUUUAUUGA